AGCUCCCUCCUCCUGGUCUCUGAGCUGGAAUCCCUAGAGCGGCUCUUUUCCCCAGCGGGCCCCACCUGAGCAAAAGACUAAGGUAAACAAAUAUGCAGUCUUGCUGCGAAAAGGAAGGACAAUAGGGUUGGAAUGGGAGUGAGAAAUGGAUGAAAUGCUAUAUAGAAGAAGGAUGAAGCCUGUGGACUCAUUAUUUCAGGAAUCCGGUGAACUGUUCAGGACUUCUUCAGAAAGCUGCAUAGGUGGCGAAGUGGGGCGGGGCCACGAAGGCAGUUACCCGGGCAAACAUUUCCGCAUGGGAUUCAUGACGAUGCCCGCUCCUCAGGACAGACUUCCCCAUCCCUGCUCCAGUGGCUUUUCCGUGAGGUCCCAGUCUCUGCACUCGGUCGGGGGCACCGAGGACGACAGCAGCUGUGGCUCCCGCAGGCAGCCGCCCCCCAAGCCCAAGCGGGACCCCAGCACCAAGCUCAGCACAUCGUCCGAGACGGUCAACAGCCCUGCGCCCGGCAAGAGCGGGAAGGCCCCCGAGCGGCCCGAAGUGUCUGCCAAACCGAGACCCCACAGUGAUGAAUAUUCAAAGAAGAUCCCUCCUCCCAAACCCAAACGGAACCCGAACACUCAGCUGAGCACCUCUUUCGAUGAAACGUACAUCAAGAAGCACGGGCCUCGGAGGACGUCGCUCCCGCGGGACCCCUCCCUGUCCCAGGUCAGCAGCCCCGCGGGGGACCCCGAGGAGGAGGAGCCCGUGUACAUCGAGAUGGUGGGCAACAUCCUCCGAGACUUCAGGAAGGAGGACGAUGACCAGAGCGAGGCGGUCUACGAGGAGAUGAAAUACCCCAUCUUCGACGACUUGGGCCAAGACCCCAAAUGUGACCUUGACCAUCACAGCUGCUCUUCGCAGUGUGCUACUCCCACGGUGCCUGACGCGGACUUCGCCAAGUCCUCAGUGCCAUGUACUCCAAAGGGUUUGCUCUGUGACAUCCCCCCGCCCUUCCCCAACCUGCUCUCCCACAGACCCCCGCUGCUGGUGUUCCCCCCCGCGCCGGUGCAGUGCUCCCCCAAUUCUGACGAGUCUCCGCUCACCCCGCUAGAGGUCACCAAGCUGCCCGUGCUGGAAAACGUGUCUUACAUGAAGCAGCAGGCGGGCGCGUCGCCGUCCUCACUGCCCUCCCACGCGUCCGGCCACCCCAAGCUGGACAAAGACCAGGCGGCCGCCCUGGGCCCCGCGCCCGCGGCCUCCGCGCUGUCCUCCUCCCCGCCCCCGCCGUCCACCCUGUACCGGACGCAGUCCCCGCACGGCUACCCGAAGAGCCACUCGGCCUCGCCGUCGCCGGUCAGCAUGGGGCGCUCCCUGACCCCGCUCAGCCUCAAGCGGCCCCCGCCCUACGACGCGGUGCACCCGGGCGGCCUGCCCCGGAGCUCCCCAGCGGGGGCCCAUUCGAGCGCCAGGCCGGUGUCGCAGGACGGGGCCAAGAUGGUCAACGCCGCGGUGAACACCUACGGCCCCGCGCCGGGCGCCUCCCGCUCCAGGACCCCCACCAGCCCCCUGGAGGAGCUGACCAGCCUCUUCACGUCGGGCCGGAGCCUGCUGCGCAAGUCGUCCAGCGGCCGCAGGUCUAAGGACCCCGCAGAGAAAUCGACAGAGGAACUGAAAGUCCGAAGCCACAGCACGGAGCCGUUACCAAAGUUGGAGAGCAAAGAGAGAGGGCAUCACGGGGCGUCUUCCAGAGAGCCUAUCAAAGCUCAGGAAUGGGACGGAACACCAGGACCUCCUGUGGUCACCAGCAGACUGGGAAGAUGCUCCGUGAGCCCCACCUUAUUAGCAGGAAACCACAGCUCAGAGCCGAAAGUAAGCUGCAAAUUAGGCCGGUCUGCGUCCACAUCAGGUGUGCCCCCUCCGUCAGUUACUCCUCUCAGGCAAGCCAGUGACCUGCAACAGAGCCAGGUGGCAUGCAUGCAGUGGUUUCAUGGAGACCAUACAAUGCUUGAGAUGAUUGAGAAAAAGCGUUGCUUGUGCAAGGAAAUAAAAGCUAGACAGAAAACGGAAAAGGGCCUUUGCAAACAGGAUAGCAUGCCUAUCCUACCCAGCUGGAAGAAGAAUGCAGGGGCAAAGAAGUACAGCCCUCCACCCUACUCUAAGCAGCAAACGGUGUUCUGGGAUACCGCCAUCUGACUGUGCUCAGGAUGGCUUGAGCUCCACGCGGAGAGGGAGGUCGACCCAGUCAUGAGAUUAAGAACUGUUACAUAUCUUCUCUGUCGGGAUGGAACGCCAGUGCUUCCCCGGAAAACCCAUGGGAAGCUGUGCCUACUCAUGGCAAGUUCAAGAUAAAAUGUAUGUUAAUUGUA